CUGUAGAGAACAACAAAACACAACUAUUCAGAGUUUGGUAUAUAUAUAUAUAUAAUAUAUCUGAAACCAGGCAGACUGAAAGAGAGAUGUCUCAGUACAUUUAAGACAAUGAUCCUGCUGAACAAAUGCAGAUGGAAGAAAGAGCCGUAAAUACAACUGGAGAGCUUGAUGAGGCGGAGGAGAGGACAGUGAACAUCUAUGAAAGCGUAGACUAUCUCAGUCUAAAUGCCAGAAGAAUUGUGACCCAGAGUACCCUGUAUCAGCAGCCAGGCAGGACUUUUUACAGGGCUGCGACUAUGUGCCUGGGUCUGCUGUGUAUUCUCCUCCUGGCUGGCAUUAUGGGCGUAGGAGUUCACUGCAGAAUCAAACUGCAGACCCACAUCAAGAGCGGGGAUGAAAACAGAAAACAGACUUUGGUUGAAAUCUAUCGUUUCUGUAAGGAUGGGUGUAAGUCAUUCAACAACAGUUUUUACUUCAUUUCAUCUGGACAAAAGAGCUGGAAGGACAGCAGGCAGGACUGCAAAGACAGAGGGGCAGAUCUAAUUGUUGUAAACAGCAAAGAAGAGCAGGUAUUCAUCAACUCCUUCAACCGCAAAUUCUGGAUUGGUCUGAGUAACAGGGACAGAGAGGGAACAUGGAAAUGGGUGGAUGGUUCAGUUCUGAACAGCACAGGGUUUUGGAUAGGAGUUGAACCCAGGGGAAGGUUUGCAGGAGUGAGGGACGGUUGUGUCAGCACCUUAUGGUACAGACAGCAGAACACCUGGAAUGAUGAUGAUUGCUCCAAAGCUCAACAGUGGAUUUGUGAAAAAGUGCAUGACUUCUAACUUCUUAUUUUUCAUCCUUAAUAAAAAAUGUGAUGAGCACCACACAAUAA